AAUGUUAUUGGUUUGGAUUUGUUAUCGUUGAUCGUUAUUAUUUAUGUUAUCUUGGCUUAAAGGUCUCGUUACCAGGCCAUAAAAUUAUUAAAAAAAAAAAAAAUGUUAUCUUUAACGAUUCAUCCUAUUUUAAUAUAUUUUUUAUUUAUCAUGAAUAUGUAGUGUAAAUACUACCAAGUAGAAGACCCGUAGAAUGUUAUCUACUAGCAAAUCCGAUAUUAUUUGGUCUCCAGUACACCAUGAUAAGUUUAUUGUGUGGGGUCAUGAUAUAACUCUUUACGAGGUUGCUCGGAUAAAAGAUAUUGAGAAAAAGACAUCGUAUACACAAAUCUCAUCAACUCGUGGUGCUACAGUAGUUGCUUCACAGAGUGGAAAUGGUGUUCGUUGUGUAGAUAUCAGUGCUAUUUCUGACCAACCAGAUCCCAUUCUGGCAUUAGGUCUAGAAAGCGGUCGAGUCACACUCACAAGUCUAAAACAGGCCUAUGACCCUCUAGGUCUUAUCGGAAAAGAAUUUGCUGCAAGGUAUCCUAGAGCUUGCAACAGUGUGGCAUGGAGCCAUACAGAAAGCAAUUUGUUGGCUGUGGGCAUGGACAAGCACCGUGCAGAUAAUUGUGUACUAUUGUGGGAUAUGAAUGCUAGUGACGAAAUAACUGGAGAAAUGGGUGCGGGUGAUCGUGCGCGAGCGGUGGCGGAGCGCGGCGCGGGCGACGCGGUGCAGGCCCUGGCCUGGUGCGGCUUUGCCCCGCGAACUCUUGCCGUUUGCCUAAACCUGCGACACGUCAAGAUGUUCGACCUAAGAGAGAGCGGCGGCAAGGCGGCCGGGGUGGCUGCGGGAGCGGGUUCGACGCGCUGGAUGGGUGUUUGUGCGGAGCGCGAAGCGUACCUGCUGGCGGCUCGUGGUGACUCCGCGUUGGGCGUGUGGGACGCGCGUUCGCUUCACUCACCGCUGCUGAUGCUGCCUCAGCCGCGGCCACCGCGCAAGGUGCAGUGGUGCCCCACCAGGCGCAACCUCCUUCUGUCUCUGCGGCGCGACUCGAGCACCCUGCGUCUUCACGAUAUCCAGCGGGCGAAUGAUUUCAAAUCGCCGGAAGCCGUUGACACCGCGGCGGGGAGCGACGAGGGCGGUGCAGGCGAAGCCGUCGAGCGCGAAGUGUCGCCGGGUGGAGGUCCCCUAGCGUCGUUCGCGUGUCACCCGGCGCACCGCGCGCGAUUGCUCGCGCUCGCGACGGGUGGCGCGCUGCUGGAGCACACGGUGGGCGAGCGCGUGACGCUGGCGUGGGGCGCCGGAGGUGCGUUGGUCUGGGCGGCCGGGGGGCACCUGCGAGCGCCUCCCACCGUCUUUGCUGCCGACCGCGACGACCUCGCGCAGCGGACGCGUAGGCGCGCCGAGGCCGACUACGGCCUGAAGGUUGACCUUUGGCAGAACGCCGAGCUGGCUGAGGACGAGGAGUUGGCGGGACUGUGGCAUUUUUUGGCGCUGAGCAAGUCGCUCGUCGAGGAUGGAUGCAUCCGCAACGGCGGAUGGAAGCAUCCGGGCGUCCGCUGCGUGCUGCCAGGGGCGGGGGAGGGCUCGUACAGGUCGGAGGCGACGCCGGCGCUGCUGCCCGACAUGCCCAGUCGGAAGGUGCUGCUCUACCGGAGUCCCGAGCGCACGCGCGCGCUGCAGCUGCUUGGCUGGGGCUGGGGCUGGGAGAACGCGCUGGCGGGAGUAGAGCGUGCCGAGGCCGAGGGGCGACCGUGCCGCGCCGCUGCGCUUGCCGUCUUCCACCUGCGCGUGCGCACCGCGCUAGACGUGCUGUCACGCGCUCGCUCGCCGCGACUCCGCGUGGCAGCGCUUGCGUUGGCGGCGGGAGGCGGCGCGCCCGAUGAGCGUCUGUGGCGGGACUCGUUGGCGGCGGCGGCGCCGGCUCUGCCCGACCCCUAUCUGCGCGCGCUGCUGCACUUUCUCGCCGCCACCGUGCAGGCGCAUCCCGACUUCAGCGCUGUGCUGAACGAGACGGAGAUGCGGCUCGAGGACCGCGUGGCGUUUGCGUGCCUGUACCUCUCUGACCGGCACCUGCACGAGUACGUCGAGCGAGCCCACGCCGGUCUCAGCGAGCGAGGGGCUCUCGCGGGCGUCGUGCUUUGCGGUCUCGGCACCGACGGCCUGACGCUGCUGCAGCGCUGGCUCGAGCGCACCGGCGACGUGCAGUCGGCGGCUUUGCUGGCCGCGCGAUGUUGCCCGCCCGACCUGGUGCGCGACGCGCGCGUGCAGCGCUGGCUGGCCGCUUACCGCGCCCUCCUCGACGGCUGGCGGAUGUGGUGGGCGCGCUGCGCGCUCGACACGUGGCUGGGCGCGGCCGACGGCGAGGAGCGCACGCGCCGCGUGGCCGUGGCGUGCACGUACUGCGGCAAGUGCGUCGCCGCGGCUCCCUCGGCGCGAGUUCGCCCACCCUUCGCGCGUCUGCCGCCGCCGGCCGCCAAGAUGAAGGUGUCGUCGUGCCCGCACUGCCGCAAGCCGCUGCCGCGCUGCGGCGUCUGCUCGCUGCACUUGGGCACGAGUGCGGUGGGCGGAGCGGGUGGCGCCGUGGGCGGCGCACCCUUCGACACGUGGUUCAGCUGGUGCGUGGCCUGUCGUCACGGCGGACACGCGGCGCACUUGCUGCACUGGUUCAGCGAACACGCGGAGUGCCCGGUGAGCUCGUGCUCGUGCCGCUGCGCCGCCCUCGAUCCUCCGGACCCACCGGACGUCCGGCGCUCUUAGCCCGCUCCUACGAUGUAUCAUAUUGUAAUUGAAUUUUGUUACAAAAAUAUAUUUUUCUAACCGAA